AUAGUGCUAAAAGAGCACUCUUUCUUUACAUAUGAAUUGUAUUGAUUCUGCUUUUUUAAAUGGAGUGUUUCUUAACAGAUUGAGAAUUAUACUACUCUGUUAAAAUAGGCUAUUGCACUAUCAUGAAAAGGUAGUUCAGUAUCUGUUAUACUUCUGACAUUUAUAGAGCAUUUUUAUAGUUAAUUCAGUCAGCGUUUUAAGAAAUAGAAUACUCCCUUUUGAAGUACCUUAUUCCAUAACUUGAAAUUAAGCCUGUGUUAAAAACUGUUCUGUGCUUCCCUCUUACUUCCGUUUCUUCCCUUUUGGGCCACAGACUUCUUCAGGGAGGAGGUAAGGGAGAAGUGAAUUCUCACUUCAGCCAAUAGAAUCUAGAAUUAUAUAGUGUUUACCUAUUUUGCAUAACACGGGCCCACCCACACACAUUAUGAGGUGCUUAAGUGAAAGAACACUGAGCAGCUAUUCAGUGUGUGAUUCCAAGUGUAAUUAGAAGAUGCUUUAAUACUAUCUGGAUUUUAUCCUCUGGUGAGAAGAUUGUUUAUCUAGCUUGUAUGAUAGCGAUGGAAUAAAGAGGAAAUAAUGCAAAAGGUGUCCCAAGGCUCCUGACCAGUGAACAAAGAUUUGAGAAAGACAGCCAAGCUCAUGUUUUCUCCUGAUCAAGAAAAUCAUCCAUCCAAGGCACCCGUAAAAUAUGGUGAACUCAUUGUCUUAGGGUAUAAUGGGUCUCUCCCAAAUGGCGAUAGAGGAAGGAGGAAAAGUAGGUUUGCUCUAUUUAAAAGACCCAAGGCAAAUGGGGUGAAGCCCAGCACUGUGCAUAUUGCUUGUACUCCUCAGGCUGCAAAGGCAAUAAGCAACAAGGACCAGCAUAGCAUAUCAUAUACCUUAUCUCGGGCCCAGACAGUGGUGGUUGAAUAUACUUAUGACAGCAACACUGAUAUGUUUCAGAUUGGUCGGUCGACUGAAAGUCCCAUUGAUUUUGUGGUAACUGACACAGUUCCUGGAAGUCAAAGUAAUUCUGAUACACAGUCAGUGCAAAGCACUAUUUCAAGAUUUGCCUGUAGAAUCAUAUGUGAACGGAAUCCUCCCUUUACAGCACGGAUUUAUGCUGCAGGAUUUGACUCAUCAAAAAACAUCUUUCUUGGGGAGAAGGCUGCCAAAUGGAAGACAUCAGAUGGGCAGAUGGACGGCUUGACUACUAACGGUGUUCUUGUUAUGCAUCCACGCAAUGGGUUCACAGAAGACUCCAAGCCUGGAAUAUGGAGAGAAAUAUCAGUGUGUGGAAAUGUAUUCAGCCUGCGUGAAACCAGAUCAGCUCAGCAGAGAGGAAAAAUGGUGGAAAUUGAAACCAAUCAGUUGCAAGAUGGCUCAUUAAUUGACCUCUGUGGUGCAACGUUGCUGUGGCGUACUGCAGAAGGCCUUUCCCACACUCCUACAGUAAAGCAUUUAGAAGCUUUAAGACAGGAAAUCAAUGCAGCACGACCUCAGUGCCCUGUAGGGUUCAACACACUAGCAUUUCCUAGUAUGAAGAGGAAAGAUGUUGUCGAUGAAAAACAACCCUGGGUAUACCUAAACUGUGGCCAUGUGCAUGGCUAUCAUAACUGGGGAAACAAAGAAGAACGUGAUGGAAAAGAUCGUGAAUGUCCUAUGUGUAGGUCUGUUGGUCCCUAUGUCCCUCUGUGGCUUGGAUGUGAAGCUGGAUUUUAUGUGGACGCCGGCCCUCCAACCCAUGCGUUUAGCCCGUGUGGGCAUGUGUGUUCAGAAAAGACGACUGCCUAUUGGUCCCAGAUCCCUCUUCCUCAUGGUACUCAUACUUUUCAUGCAGCCUGUCCCUUCUGUGCACAUCAGUUGGCUGGUGAACAAGGCUACAUCAGACUUAUUUUCCAAGGACCUCUAGACUAAUAAACAGUUGUCCUCCAGGACUACAUUAUAAAUUUAUAAGCUAAGUGAGUUGAUUUUCCAACCUGUUGUCCACGUCACAGUUUCUCUGCUCUGGUCAUUUGCAUUAAGAUGAAGAAUUUUUUUAAACCUUUAUAAUAAAUAGUAGCAAUUUCUGAGCUAAAAUCUGGGAAACUUGAGCAAAGGAAUUUCCGAAAGUACCAGACUUCUGAAUACUGAAUUUUGAAAAUAUAUUUUGAGGAGAAAAAGACAUAGUCUAAUUUGAUGAUGCCUUCAUUUUAGUGUUUUUGAAUCACCCAUCCUCAGUGUUGAAAAGUUGUUUUGUAUAACUGAGGGUACUGUUGGUUCAAACUAUGUUAGUUUACAGUUUGUUGCAAACAUUGUAAAAUACAGCAACAUGUAUAUUAACUUCUUUUCUAUUUAUCUUUAUUAUAGAAAAUGUCUUAGAAUGUUCUUGAUAGAGUAGCAUGGUAAUGAUGGUGUCACACUCCUGGUGUGAGUGGUAGUUUAGCAAACGUAGCUCAAGGAUUUGCAAGGUUAGGAAGAAGGACAAGAGAGCCUCUCUCCCUACCCCAUCUAAAUAUGGAAUUUGCUAAAUUAGAAUGCUUUUUAAAGCCAAAUUCAUAUUAAUUACCAUUGUAUAAGAGGUGUUUGUUUUUAACCACAUUGAAGAUAAUCAGGAAAGAUUUUUUCCCUUAAUUUUCUCUCGAGUGUAGUACUAUAACAAAAACUUAAUGCUAAGAAACAUUUUAUAUGCUCCUUUGAAUAUGCAAUUUAAUCUAGAUUAUCUAUUUUUCUCCCAUGUUAACUAAUCUGUUUUUAGUAUCAGCAACAUUUGGCAAGUUUAUUUUUCAGAUGUAGACUGUGGUUCAUCUGUUCACUGUUUCUAGAAAAAAAUCAUUCCCAUGAGAAAAAGCAUAAAUCAACAAGAAAGGAGAAUGACUUGAUUUACUUUUAGAAAAAGAAAUGCUUGAUUAAUUAACUACUCUGUAUUUGGCCUUAUCAAGGCUUUAAGAAAUCCAGAGAGAUAUAAAGGGUUGAGUGACAGUAGUGUCCCCUUUUUUUAACCUAGCAGACCAGCCUUAACUAUGGGCUGUAAUCCUAAGGAGAGUUGCCAUAGCGUGACUCAAGGAAAUGUUUGGUUGGUAGAUGAGCACCAGUGACAGCAGAGUGGAGGGACAUACUUGCAUGGUCUGUUCAGUUUCUAAUUCCAGUAACAUCUUUUGCUCUCAGAAGCAAGAAAAAGUUUCUUCUCCCGCCUUCCCUCCAUCCUUUUUUUUAAUGCACCACAAGGAAAGUAUAGACAGUUGCACUACAUGAAACCCUUUGUGACACUUGUAAAAAUCAAUACACUUUUAGAUUAGACAGAAUCAUUUUUUUAAUCUUUUGAUUUGUUUUCCUUUAGUUCAAAAAGUUGUAUAAUACUUGACUCUAGCUGAUUUUUAUAUGUGGUAGCAUAGCUUUAAUUUAUCCUAUUACAGUGCUGUUCUGAAUUUUCUUUUGGUUUAAAAAAACAAAAAAACAAAACCUGUUGCUUAGAAGCCAUGAACUAUUUUAUUUCACUUCAACUUGUCAAAAUUUCCUUGUUUUUAAAAAUGAUCAUUUGGGUUCACUCAGGAAAUGCAUGUCAGGAAACUUGUAUUAUAAGUUUACUAGUUGUGAUGUAUCAGUAACUGCUGUUACCCCUUUUUCAAAGAAAUAUAAUUGAUUUUGAAGUUUUCUAGAUUGUCACAUGCUUUGUGACUAAUGCAAGGAAAUCAAGUCCUGUUAUUGUAUUUGUUCUAGUCAUUUCUAUUCAGGCUAUAUAUUGUAGCUAAUUUUUAUUUGCAAUUAAUUUAUUCAAACUAAGUAAAUACUUUUCAAAAUAGACAUUUGAAUUUGUCUCUGUGAGUUCGUUUUUGCAUAACUCAGAAUGAGAAACCAGAAGUGAAAACUUGUGGACAAAUGUACCCUACACUCCAAAAAUAUCCAUUUGAAAUAGAGGAGUUUGCAUUUAGCAUAACAUUUUAAAUCUUUAGUUCUCUUAGGAAAGCAUCUCUUACUUAUUAAUAAAGGAACUUUGUUUAGUGGUUGAAUAAUUAAGACCUUUUUCUAAGUUAAGCCCUGCUAGAGAGGUGGCUCUUUGCAAGUCACUGUUUAAAUAGUGCCUCCAUGACCAUAAAAGGUUCAUGUUCUGAGGCUGGCCCUGUGGCGUAGUGGUUAAGUUUGCGCGCUCCAACUGCCUGCAGUUCUUGGGUUCGGAUCCCAGAUGCAGACCUACACAACGCUUAUCAAUCCAAGCUGUUGUGGUGUCCCACAUACAAAAUAAAGGAAAAUUGUCACAGAUGUUAGCUCAGGGCCAAUCUUCCUCACAAAAAAAAAGGUUCAUGUUCUUCCUAAAGUGUCAAUCCCUGCGUUCAUGGGGUUUAUAUUCUGGUGGGGAAGAUAGAUAUGAACAAGCAAAAGAAAAGAUACAGUAUGGUAGAUACUGAACACUGCUGAAGGGACACAUAAAGCAGAAAAAGGAGAUACAAAAUGUCAUGUGCAAUGUGUGUGUAUGGAGUGUUUGUACUAUUAAAGGGGAGGGCAAGGGAAAGCCCCAGGGAAAGCUGGUGUCUAGAUAAAGAUCUGAAGGAGCUGAAGGGAGUAGCUUCUUAGGAGAAGAGCAUUUAGGCAGAGGGAACAGCAGUUGCAAGCGUCCUUAAGUAGAAGUGUGUUUCAAAUAUUUCUGUAAUAGCGAAGAGGCCAGUGUGGCUGUGGUAUGAAAAGGGGGAAGAGUAGUAGGUAAAGCUAUGCAGGUGAAGUGGGGCGUGGAGAUGAAACUAGAUCACGGAGGGCCUCCUGAGCCUUGGCUUUCAUUCCAAGUGAGAUGGGGGCCCGAGGAGGAUUUUGAGCAGGGGAGUAAAAUGUUCUGACUUGUAUUUUAUUUGGAUGCAGAUAGACGGAAGUGGGAGCAGGGGAACCAGGCAGGAGAUAAUUGUAGUAAUCCUGGAGAGAAAUGAUGGUGACUUGGAUCAAGUGGUGGCUGUGGAGCUGGUUUGAAAAGUGACCAGAAUCUGGAUAUGUUUUGAAGGCAGAACUGACAAUAUUUGCUGGCAGAUCAGACACGGGUGUGAAAAAAGGAAGAGGAGACAAGGGUGACUUGGCUCAAUUAGCCUGAGCAACUGGAAGGAUAGAAUUGCCACUUAUUGAAGUGGAGAAGACUAGGAGAAGAAUAAUGUGUGGGGAGGCCGCACUGGUUGUGGAAUCAGGAGCUCAGUCUUGGAUUUUAGAUCGAGACCCCUAAUAGACAAGAUAUUUGCCAAAGGUGAACUGUCUCUGCUGUUUUUUUGUAACUGCUGUCAAAGUUCUUACCCAUUAUAAUCAGGGUUCUCCAUACACCCUAUGCUAGCUUAGAAACAAAUAAAAGUAUUGCUCCUGAUUAAUGGCGAACUUCCUUUCAUUGAAAUAGAGAGUUGGGACACCUCUCAUGUUUCUCUCUUUGCUUUGGCUGCCCUCUAAGGAAAUGAAGUUCUGUUUUCAACUGUAGUAACUUCCUUUAGCCAAUGUGUUCUGAUAUAGUUUUUCUCCCUUCUCACUCGUGUACACCUUUUUCCUUGGCUCUUGCCUUUUUUAAAAAAAAAAA